AUGGCUGUUAAGCGUUUCUUUGACAGCUCCUUCGAUGAGAUGUGUAAACAUCUCACUGCUUUCGAAUUAGAACGACGAUCAGCUCCUAUCGUAGCACAAUUGGAGCGACGGACCACCUACACUUCGACUGCGAAGCCCAAGUCAGCUACCUAUCAGACAAGGGAGUAUCGCCUACCCACGCACGAAGUAAGGUCCGACCCUGCUCCGACCCCACCUCGGGCUUCCUCGAGUGUGCCCAGGCCUGCCUCUAAGACACCAGUACUAGAACGCCAAGCUACUCCUGGCAACUGCUACUACUGCGGCAAGCCCGGACACUUUGCGAGCGACUGCACAGUCCCUCGGGUAAGAGAGAUAGAAGCUAUUUAA